CGCAAAGAUGACAUUUCUUUACUCAAGGUUUCCGCGAUGCUAUAUCUUCUUAUCCGAACAAACUUUUUGCUUAUCUUUUGAUUUUUUAUGUAGGAAAAAUAUAAAAUCGCACUCCUAACAUUGGAAUUUAAUGAAAUUAUUUGCAUUGAAAUGAAAAAAAGGAGUUAGAGCACAUCAAAUUACCCAUAAGUUUUAAUUCUUUGUUACACAACCAUCUACCUUGCUGUGAUAUUGAUAAGCAGUGCUCCUCCUAGUCUUGGAUUAACACACGGUUAAGAGAGCAUACAAUGACAACCAAGAAUAACAGGUAUUGAUGUAAAGCAAAAAUACCAAUAAAAAGAAAUUUUAAUUCACUGUAACCGUUGGACUACAAACGCUUGUUGUGAUAUACUUCCUCAAAAUAUUAAUUGAACAAAUAACAUUUCACUCCUUUUAAGACUGGUUUCAGUUGACAAAAUCGGUGCAGCGGCUGGGGAUGACAAGGUGUGUGUGAGGAUGAGGCGAAUUCGCAUCUCCGGCGGCGGCAACUCUGCUUUGCUUGGAACAUCUUUUCCCUUCUCCAAUUACACUAAAUGUUCGUUAAAACCCAAAUCUUUUCUAAAGCUGUUUCCUUCAACAACAACACCCAUCUUCACCACUCUCCAUUAUCGUUUAAUUACGUCGGCUCAACAUUCUUCUCCCUCCUCUCAUGCUCAUCCAACACCUCAAACUGAACUUCUUAUAUCUUCUGGAGGUGAUGGCCCAAAUGGGUAUCCUAUGAAGGACUCAAAAGUGGUUUUGAAAGGAAUGAGGUAUGCUGAACUUGAGGUAUGUGUAUAUCAGUUGUUGGUGUUGUAUCUUAGUUAGCCUUGUAUAAAUUUGAGUAAAGUUGCAAUCCUGGUAGUUAUUUAAUCUUCUUUACUUAUUUAAAGAUUCAAACUUGUUUUUUUUUUAAAUUAGGGUCACUCACGUGGUAAGUGUAUUUCGGUUGGUGAGGUCCUAGUGUAUAUUUUAGUUAUCCAGGUUUGUAAUUUAGGAAAGUUUUGGCACCAAAGCUUUUCUCUAGUGGUAAGAGCGCAACUUGUGAUGUGUGGGUUAGACACACAUCACCUGCCACAAACCAAAGCCUAGUAUUUAACCGGAGAAGAUAGAGGGAUGGGCCAAUUAUCCGACGAGCUUCGAACCGUACCCUCGGUUAUUAAAAAAAUAAGAAUGUUUGAGGAAAGUUACAAAUUGCAAUCUUGAUAGUGAUUUAGUCUUGUUUACGACUUAAGGACUCAAACUUGUUUUGUGUUCUUGAGAUUAAGCUCUGUCUUAUGGCACGUGUAUUAGGGUUGUUUUAUUUCGUUGAAAUUUCAGGAAAGUUGCAAUCUUGAUAGGGAUUUAGUCCUUUUUAGUAUUUACUGCUUAAAGGUUCAAACUUGUUUAGCGUUUUUGAGAUUAAGCUCUGUCUCAUGGUAUUUGUAGUUCGGUUGUUCCUUCCGUUUAUUUUAAGUUAACCUUGUGGAUUUUUGAGGAAAGUUCCAAGAUUGAGAAUGUCUUAUCUUGUUCUUGGUUUAAGAACCAAUCUUGUUUCAGAAUUUUGACAUUGAUUCUACUGUUGAAUGCAACUAUGGUUACUAAUGGUGCUUUGCUUUCCUGUUUAACAGAAAUGGGUUCAGUCACAUGGUUAUAGGCCUGCUCAGGCUCUAAUGUUGUGGAAACGUCUUUACGGGAACAACAUUAAUAUUUGGGCGCUGUCACAGAAAAAUAACACAAAAUUCACAACAAUUGCAAACAGUCAAAAAAUUGUUUUAUUUUUGGAAUUUUUUGGGAGUAAUUCUCAUAUAGGGCAAAAAUCACGUGCUCAGAGGCGCAAUGCAGUGAGGAACUAGAAGGUUUGAAUAAAGAUUUCAGGAAAAUGUUGAGUGAACAUGCUGAAUUUAAGACGUUAAACUUGAAGGAUAUUUUGACAGCGUCUGAUGGAACUAAAAAGAUGUUAUUCAAGUUGGAAGAUGGUCUUGUAAUAGAAACUGUUGUGAUACCUUGUGAGAGCGGCAUGAACACCGUCUGUAUAUCUAGUCAAGUAGGUGGUGCCAUGAAUUGUCAGUUUUGCUACACUGGCAGAAUGGGUCUGAAGAGAAACUUAUCUACAUCUGAGAUAGUUGAACAGGCUGUUUUAGCUCGGAAGUUAUUAUCCAGUGAAGUCGGCCCAAUUAGCAAUGUCGUGUUUAUGGGAAUAGGAGAACCACUUCACAACAUUGAGAAUGUCAUAAAAGCGGCAGACAUAUUGGUAGAUGAACAAGGGCUGCAUUUUAGUCCUCGGAAGGUCACCGUUUCUACAAGUGGGCUUGUGCCCCAGCUUAAGCGCUUUCUUCGCGAGUCUAAUUGUGCUUUGGCAGUCAGUUUGAAUGCUACAACUGAUGAGGUCAGAAGCUGGAUCAUGCCAAUUAAUCGCAAAUUUAACUUGAACUUGCUUCUUGGAACACUAAGAGAAGAGCUUCAGUCAAAACAUAAAUACAAAGUUCUGUUUGAGUAUGUAAUGCUUGCCGGAGUUAAUGAUAGUAUUGAGGAUGCAAAGAGACUAAUCAAUCUUGUCCAGGGUAUUCCAUGCAAGAUUAACCUGAUUUCUUUUAACCCUCAUUCUGGAUCCUUCUUCAAACCCACCAAAAAGGAGAAGAUAAUUGAGUUCAGAAACAUUCUUGCUGAAGCAGGAUGUGUUGUGCUUCUGCGAUUGAGUAGAGGAGACGAUCAAAUGGCCGCUUGUGGUCAGCUAGGUAAACCAGGCGAAAUCCAAGCUCCCUAGCUUCGAGUGCCUCCUCUGUUUAAAGCAGUACUGGAAGCUGUAGCGUGAUUUGGCUGCUAUUUUGCAUGCAUGCUCAUUCUGGUCCGUCCAAUAUGUGACACAGUUUCAAUGGUGCAUGCCCCCUCUGGAAUCCAAUCUAUUGAAUCUAGUCUUAAACAUGCUUGUGCUCAUGAAAUCAACCACUCUUGUCCAAGUUAGAGAGUUUAUACACGUACUUAUAGGCUAUGUAACCUCUAUAAUUUUGUUUUUAACUCGGAUUUUUGAAUUUGCAAUCCAGCAGGUUACGAGGGUUUGGGGUUAGAAGUAGCUUUUUAAA